AUGACUCUCUGGAUAUUGAGGACACCUCAACGACGACAGCAGUGGAAAGUGACUUGCCAGGCAAAUGGCUUGAACGACAAGUUCAUCGAGUAUGACGUGGAAACCCGCUGGAACUCCACAUACCGUAUUGUCCAGGGAGCCCUGCAAGCCAAAGCACAGAUCUGGAUGUGGAUAGAGCAUCAGAACCAGUUUCUGCCAUUUACAGCUGACGACUGGUUGCAGCUGCAACAGCUCGAAAUGAUCCUCUCCAAGUUCGAUGAAUUCACUCAACUGGUUUCCCGGCGAAAAUCCCAGAUCAGCCUAGCCAUUCCCAUCUAUUACCAACUGAAUGAUAUGCUCGAAGAUGCAGCUUCGGCACAAGGCGACUUUUCGGGGCUUAGCUCUGACAUUACCUCCGCCAUCUCCGCGGGGAUGAAGAAAUACAAGAAAUAUUAUGAACUGAUGGACGCCCAAGAUGCUUAUUAUAUAGCUCUUAUCCUUGACCCACGCUUCAAACCCCUCUUAUUAGCUAAGGAGCACACCCGACAGCUAUAUGAUCGAUUGUGUUGGAAAGAAGCAAGCUUGCUAGCCCAGCUCCGGACCGGCAUGGCGAGACUCAAUGGAUACCUCUAUCGAAUUAACGUUGCAGAAACGGAUCAAUGCGCGUGUGGACAAGCCAGAGAGACCGUAGAGCACUUCUUCUUUCGAUGUCAGUGGUAG